GGGCAGUGAGGCUGCGCGGUAGGGACGUAAGUGGAAGGCGACUGGCUCACGGUGGGAGGGGGCGUGUCCGGACCGCCCCCGGGCCCACGGGGAGCGCGCCCGGCCCCCUGUCGAGCGGUGCACCCCUCACAGCCGCGAGGCCAGCUCGGGCGGUGUUAGCUACACUUCGGAGGAGUGGCGUGGCGAGGCCCAGCCUUCCUGGGUGCGGCGUCUGGGCCCUUCCCAUCUUCCCCUCCCCACGGAGCUUGGUGGUGGCGACCCAUUGGAGUUCCGGUUCCGGUUGCUGUAGCCGCGGGCGGGCGGUGAGUCUGGAGCAGGCGUGCAGUUGGUGCUCUGGCUCUGCGCCUUCCCCCUCGCCGCCGUGUCUAGGUCUUGCUGCAGCUCGGGGGUGCUGCGCUGCCCCUGACUCCCCUCCGGGCGAUGGUGCGGCCUGAGGACGCUUCCAUCCCCCACCGACGCUGACUCGGGUCCCCCAAUCCAUGGCCGCCUCGGCGCCGCCCCCACCGGACAAGCUGGAGGGAGGCAGCGGCCCCGCACCGCCCCCCGCGCCGCCCAGCACCGGGAGGAAGCAGGGCAAGGCCGUAAGCAAGUGUACGUGGAAGUUAGAGUCUGGAGAGUGGCUGGGAGGAAGGAGACGGUAGAAACCUCGGGAAAACUUGCCUCCGUCUGCCUAUUGCUGCUCUUCCAGGUCUGCAAAUGAAGAGCCCUGAAAAGAAACGAAGAAAGUCCAACACUCAGGGUCCUGCAUACUCGCAUCUGACGGAGUUUGCACCGCCCCCAACUCCCAUGGUGGAUCAUCUGGUUGCUUCCAACCCCUUUGAGGAUGACUUCGGAGCCCCUAAGGUGGGGGGUGCAGGCCCUCCAUUCCUUGGCAGUCCUGUGCCCUUUGGAGGCUUUCGUGUACAGGGGGGCAUGGCGGGCCAGGUACCCCCAGGCUAUGGCACUGGAGGAGGAGGGGGUCCCCAGCCACUUCGUCGACAGCCCCCUCCUUUCCCUCCCAACCCUAUGGGCCCAGCUUUUAAUAUGCCUCCCCAGGGCCCUGGCUAUCCACCCCCCGGCAACAUGAACUUUCCCAGUCAACCUUUCAACCAGUCUCUGGGCCAAAACUUUAGCCCACCUGGUGGGCAGAUGAUGCCGGGCCCAGUGGGGGGAUUUGGUCCCAUGAUCUCGCCCACCAUGGGACAGCCUCCCCGAGGGGAGCUGGGUCCUCCUCCUCUCCCCCAACGCUUUGCCCAGCCGGGAGCGCCUUUUGGUCCUUCUCUUCAGAGACCUGGUCAGGGACUCCCCAGCCUGCCUCCCAACACAAGUCCCUUCCCUGGUCCAGACCCUGGUUUUCCUGGCCCCGGUGGUGAGGAUGGGGGAAAGCCCUUGAAUCCACCUGCUCCCACUGCUUUCCCCCAGGAGCCCCACUCGGGCUCCCCCGCCGCAGCUGUUAACGGGAACCAACCUAGUUUCCCCCCCAGCAGCAGUGGUCGAGGUGGAGGCACUCCCGAUGCCAACAGUCUGGCGCCCCCUGGCAAGGCAGGCGGAGGCUCGGGGCCGCAGCCUCCCCCGGGCCUGGUGUACCCUUGCGGGGCCUGUCGGAGUGAGGUGAACGAUGACCAGGAUGCCAUCUUGUGUGAGGCCUCCUGCCAGAAAUGGUUUCACCGAGAGUGCACCGGUAUGACCGAGAGCGCCUACGGGCUGCUAACCACCGAGGCCUCUGCGGUCUGGGCCUGCGACCUCUGCCUCAAGACCAAGGAGAUCCAGUCCGUCUACAUCCGGGAGGGCAUGGGGCAGUUGGUGGCUGCUAACGAUGGGUGACGACGCCAGGGCUGUGGCUCGGGGAAGUGCACAUUUCUCACCGCGCUCUUGCAGAGUAAUUACGUGGCUCUCGCUCCUCGUUUUCCACUGGCUUCCCAUCCCCAUGGAGCAGAAACAUGGUUCCCGGAAGCAGACGCGGAACUGAGGCGUGCAGGCGGAAGAGCCUAGAUUGCCGUUUUUUUCUGGGAACUUGCGCGUUGAGAUCCAGGAGGCUGAGGCUCUGCUGAGCAGAGUCCUAGAGUCUGGCUGGAGACGACAGGAGGAAAGGGGCCGGAGGACGCUCCAGGCGGCAAGAGUGUCCUGUGCGCAGAUGACAGAUGACCCUAACGCCCGUGCCUACGAUACCUAGGUAGCCCCACGGCUCCAGCUGUAGCUUUUGGAGUCACGUGUUCAAGGUUUCUUCACUCCCUUUUAUGGGUUCUGGAAACAAACGGGGAUCUUUCUCUCUCUUUUCUCUCUCCCCUUGCUUCCCCUGGACCCUCCUCAUUCCUUUCUCCUCAGAGCGCCAAAUUCCUUAGAAGAAGCAGAGGUCCCGGAGAUAAGAGAGGCUGAGGAGACAUCUUCCUCACACCAAAGUCGCUGGUCCUUUCUCAGCUUCUCUUGGGCUUCUCUCGGUGACCAUGUUUUUGCCAAAAGUUGGGUUAUAUGGUUUGACUGACCAGAAUAUUGGAAGAUUGGCUCCCCUGGAAGUCUGGACUGGAGACAUAACCCCCCUCUCUCCCCGCACAUUAUGAUAGUGCUGUUCUUCAGCUCUUGGUGCCCUCUUUUCCUCUCUCAGGAGAAAGUCUGGAAAGGCGUAAAGCCCUUAUACCUCAUUCCUUCCCUGAUGAAAGGAUCCAAGUGAGGCCCUGCUGUGGCUUUGUGGGGAUGGGGCUGGGCAGCAGGAUCCUCAAAGCCAUGGUACUAAUAGCUAAAAGAACCUGAAUUUUUCUGCUUUGCCCCUUUUCAUCCUGUGGUAUCGCCUGGGCCUGGUGAUAAAGCAACCAGGCUUGGUUUAUUUUUAUUUUUGUAGCAUUCCCCACCAGUGAUGGGACUGAGGCCUGGUCAGGAGCCCCCCUCAGCUUCUCUUACCUCUUUCCAGCUAGCCCAUGUGCCCGUUCCUCAUAUGGGUGAGGACAGCAAGCUUGGGUGUGGCCCUCUGGGGAGAGAUCUCCCUGCCGGCACUAGGCAUGGUAAGGAAGACCCUCUAAGCCCCGCCCCACUUCUCCGCACGUGGAAAGAGAAGACACUGGUGGAGUUGACAGCCUUUGAGGCUGAAGAGGAAGCGGGUGGACCUGCUUCUUACUGUGCCCCCCCCAACUCCUAGACUUCCUAUGUGCCAGCCUCUGCUCCGUGUUGUGUCGUGGUUCUGUUCGCCUCUGUCACCUGUUGUCACUUGUGUGUUGUCUCCAUGGUUUGUAAACCGCUCCGGGGAGGUUCCAUCCCCCUGUUCCUCUCCACUACUUUUUGGAAGAAAGUGGCUUGGCAGAGAUGUGGUUACAGGAUCUUUUUUUUAUAUGGUUGGACUAAUAAAAUGACUUGAAAAUCCAAA